GGGUUUUUCUUUUGUUUAUGCCUUACUUUUGAAUCAUCGUUUGAUUAGGUUCACUGGUUCUCAUUGUGUUUAUAAUGUAAUGGGUUGCCUUUUCUUCUUGAAAAUGACUCGUAACUGUGCCUUCAUGAGGGGCUAUUUCCUUUUUUGUCUUCAUUUUUAUUAUAUCGUCUCUUCGCAGGCGACGGCGUCACUGUGCAUUUAUGAGUCUGCAUCUCUGGGCCAUGGCUCUCGAUUCGGAUGCUCUGUAAGAGGCCACUGAACCUCAUAAACCCAGAAUGUCGGAUUUACCUGCUCAAACUGGAGUUUGCUUAUGUGAUCCCCUCUCUGGGUUCAGUUCUAAUUCAGGGAAUGUUGUUGAGCUUGGCUGUGCUGACUCGUUUUUAGAGAGCAAUCAUGGCGUAUUGGAGAAAGAUGAUGGUUCUUUUCCCUACAGAUUUCAGCUUGAACAAGAUGUGAAAAGGUUACAACAAAAGUUGCAAGAAGAGAUUGAGCUGCAUACCUCGCUUGAAGAUGCUAUUCAAAAGAAGGAUCUAAGAUUAGCCAACUUCUCAUGCCUCCCUCAUCAUGCCCAAGAUCUUUUAUCUAGCAUUGCAGUGUUGGAAGAUGCAGUUGUACGACUCGAGCAAGAAAUAGUCUCUUUACAUUUCCAACUUAGUCAAGAAAAGAAUGAAAGAAAGCUUGCAGAAUAUCGUCUAAUGCAUUCAUCACCUUGUUCAACUUCUCGUUGCUCCAAUUCUGACACCAAGAAAAAAUCGAGUGCAGUUGGCCUAGUUGAAACACAUCCUGAGACGACGUCGGUGACAGAGGUCAAUGAACGUUCCCGACCAAUAGAAUGUGACAAAAUGUCUCGAGGUCCACUAGCAAGUGGCCUCUGGCAUCACCCUAAUAUAUUGUCAGAAGAAAUGGUCAGAUGUAUGAAGAACAUAUUCAUCUCACUAGCAGAUUCAACUGUGCCAUCCAAAUCAUCAACAAUAGAAAACCACUCACCUGUGUCACCCCGAGGACAUCUCUCCAAUUCGUCGUGGUGGUCGUCAUCUGAACGGUCGAUUAUUUCAUCAAGAGUACAAAGUCCACAAAUUGAUAUUCCAAGUAGCUCUGAAGUAUUAGCCACACAGAAUGCUUGUGAUCCAUACAGUGUACGUGGAAAAUUAAGCUGGGCUGACAUUGGGAAUUAUUCGCAAGCAGCUGAAGUUUCUUGGAUGUCGGUCGGGAAGAAGCAAUUAGAAUAUGCUGCUGGUGAAUUGAGGAAGUUCCGCACUCUUGUUGAGCAGCUUGCAAAAGUGAAUCCCAUUCACUUAAACAGAGACGAAAGACUAGCGUUCUGGAUUAACUUAUAUAAUGCACUGAUCAUGCAUGCUUACCUGGCUUAUGGAGUUCCAAAAAGUGAACUGAAACUUUUCUCUUUGAUGCAAAAGGCAGCAUACACAGUUGGUGGGCAUUCUUUCAGUGCAACAGGAAUUGAAUAUGGCAUCCUCAAGAUGAAACCACCAGUUCACAGGCCACAAAUUGCUUUGCUUCUCGCUCUUCAUAAGUCGAAGGUGACCGAGGAGCAGCGAAGAUUCGCAAUAGACAAACACGAACCACUUUUAACAUUCGCUCUAAGCUGUGGAACGUACUCGUCUCCCGCGGUGAGGAUCUACAAUGCAAACAAUAUUCAAGAGGAUCUUGUAGAGGCACAACGCGAUUUCAUUCGAGCUUCGGUAGGUGUUAGCAACAAAGGGAGAUUAUUGGUACCGAAACUGCUAUAUUGUUUCGCCAAAAACUCGGUUGACGAUGCAAAUUUAGCAGUGUGGAUAUCUCACUACCUUCCACCCCAUCAAGCUGCGUUUGUUCAGGGUUGCAUAUCUCAGAGGCGACAAAGCCUAAUCGGGUCUCGAAACUGUGGUAUUCUUCCUUUCGAUUCUCGCUUUCGAUACUUGUUUUUGGCUGAGAAAUCUUCAUUGCAAUGAUAUCUUCAUCCAUCCUGCCUUUGGUUGGUUGCACAAUGUGGGUGUAAAUUUAGAUUUUAGGAAGAAUUGUUGAUGUUAGGUAGGUGGAAAUGGUGCUCCUAAGUUUUGUAUAUUUUGCAUCUUAGGGGGAAGGGAGUUUAGUUCAUAUUCUAAGGGUGAUUGAUGUGCA